GCCAAGCCCACCAGGUUACCUGUUGCAAUUUUUCAGUGCAUCAUUUCAUCUCUCUCAGUUCGUCCUGGUCUUAAAAUCACUAUUGUUUUGCCCAGCGAAGCCAUAUAUGUUAAUAAGAAGCAGAGCCAGAUUGAAUCACCCGCCUAUCUGUGUCAUGGAAUACCAGAUAUUGAAAGUCUUGGUAGACAACGGACGUGCGGAUGGCUGCUAGCAGGUGCCAGUAUGCAACCUAUCAGGGAUAGUGACCCCACCGUAAGUGCAUCUUCAGCCUACUGUAAGACAAAAGGUUGCUGGGGUGCUGGCGCCUAUCUCAGAUGUACCUCCUGAACUGGUUGCUAGCCAAUCGCAGGGGACAUAUUGACAACCAAUCAUUCACAUUCACAUCCACGCCUGUGGGCAAUUUUGAGUCGAUCAAGAUAUUCAAAGAGAUCAUUCUAUGGAAUACCAGCUGAAAAGACCAGAAAAUAUCGAUUGAGUUCAGCAAUUAAACGUGAUGGAUGGUGCCCAACCAAAUACGCACGACUGUGUGGCGAUCGAGGUAAAGAACUCCAGUCUGUCAUCUCGCUGAAAACGGAGGAAGGGUGGAGUUUAAACAAAGGGCCUCUCCAUAUGAAAGAAAAAAAAAAUCAGUGCUGCCCCUGCCUGCUCUGAACAAAGAUAAUUACUCAGGAAACGUUUUGGCCAAUCAAAUGCCGCGUGUCAUCUUGCCUGCGUGGAAGGCAACCAGUCAGGAUCGGGCUAACAACGCUGGGCCUGAUCGCCUUGCCUGAAGAGCAGAGCCUUCCCCGGCUGAGGGCUGAGAGAGUGUCCUCCAUGUUUUUUAAGUGUUGACAUAACAGUGUGUCAGACAGCCAUGCAUCCCCAGAGUCUGGCUGAGGAGGAGAUAAAGACGGAGCCUGAUGUGGUAGAAGGGAUGGAUACAUCUGUACGCGCCAAAGCUCCUGAUCCACCGGGAUCAGCGGAACGCUCCCUGGCACCACAGAAGAGGAAGGUGUCCAGUCCCUCCCACUCCUCCAAUGGACACUCUCCAUCUGACACCUCCCCGAGUCCACUAAAGAAAAAGAAGAAGCCGGGGGCCAUGAACUCUAACAAAGACCAGUCAGACCUAAGACAUGGUCCCUUUUACUAUAUGAAGCAGCCAGCACUCACCACAGACCCUGUUGAUGUUGUACCGCAGGACGGCAGGAAUGACUUCUACUGCUGGCUGUGCCACCGCGAGGGCCAGGUGCUCUGCUGUGAGCUCUGCCCCAGGGUGUACCAUGCCAAGUGCCUCAAACUACCAGCUGAGCCUGAGGGCGACUGGUUCUGUCCCGAGUGUGAGAAAAUAACAGUUGCUGAAUGCAUUGAAACACAGAGCAAAGCAAUGACAAUGUUGAAUAUAGACCAACUCUCUUACUUGCUCAAAUUUGCACUCCAAAAGAUAAAGCAGCCUGGAACUGAGCCCUUUCAGAAGCCUGUGUCCUUGGAACAGCAUCCUGACUAUGCUGAGUACAUUUUUCACCCCAUGGACUUGUCUACUUUAGAGAAGAAUAUCAAGAAAAAAAUGUAUGGCUGCACUGAAGCCUUUCUGGCUGAUAUGAAGUGGAUCUUGCACAACUGCAUCAUUUAUAAUGGAGGGAAUCACAAAUUAACAGCAACAGCAAAAGUCAUUGUCAAGAUAUGCGAGCAUGAGAUGAAUGAGAUUGAAGUAUGCCCUGAGUGCUACCUGUCUUCAUGCCAAAAAAGGGACAACUGGUUCUGUGAGCCAUGCAGUCAGCCUCAUACCCUUGUCUGGGCUAAACUGAAAGGUUUCCCCUUCUGGCCGGCAAAAGCUCUUCGCGAAAAAGAUGGCCAGGUAGAUGCACGCUUCUUUGGACAACAUGACAGAGCUUGGGUCCCCAUCAAUAACUGCUACCUCAUGUCCAAAGAGAUUCCUUUCUCCGUAAAGAAGACAAAGAGCAUUUUCAACAGUGCCAUGCAAGAAAUGGAAGUUUAUGUAGAAAACAUUCGAAAGAAAUUUGGGGUUUUCAACUAUGCGCCAUUUCGAACUCCUUACACCCCUAACAACCAGCUCCAAAUGCUGCUGGACCCUUCGAACCCCAGUGCAGGCACAGUAAAAACAGAGAAACUUGACAAACUGCGCUUUAACUUUGAUUUAACGGCAUCGCCGAAGAUGGUUCUUAGUAAGAGUUCCACACCAAGUGGUAUGAAUCGGAGAGUCUCCAUGACAGACGUACCUCGUUCGCCAAUGAGUACAAACUCCUCCGUUCACACCGGGUCUGAUGGAGAACAAGACAUAGAAAAGGCCAGCAGAAAUUCUGCCUUUCACUACAGCACAGGAGAGGACUCCAUGGAUUGUACUGCAUCUCCCGUCUCAGGAAAGGUUGGUCCAGUGAGCGGUUUCGCGGGCAGCCCAAAGCCACUCAACCCUAGCUUGGUGGCUAAGCAAGAGAGGCCUGCAUCCACAGGUGGCAUACUCAAUCUCAACCUAGAUCGAGUGAAAGCUGAGAUGGAUCUGAGAGAGCUGAGCGAGAGUGUACAGCAGCAGCAGCACCAGCAACAAUCAGGGUCAGCUGCCCUCCCCACACCAAAGAGACACAUAAGGAGCCUCGACAAGACUAUUGAAAGCUGCAAGGCUCAGCUGGGGAUAGAUGAAAUUUCUGAAGAUGUAUAUAAAGGUGUGGAUCGUAGCGACACAGACGACUCAGAUAAAUCUGACUCUAGUGAAAGUGAGUACAUCAGUGAUGAGGAACACAAGCCAAAGAGCUCUGUACAGGACGAAAAGGUCAAAGUGGAUCGAAAGAGGCUCAGAGCAAGUGCAGAACCAGAGAAUAAGGAUUCAGUUGGAGGGAUCGGGGAAAAAUCCACCCUUUCAACCCAGAUCAAAGAGAAACAGGGUAACAGUGAGCAAGAGGAGGCCCUUCAAGAAAAGCCCAGAAUGACGCAGUCUCAGCCACUCUCUGACAAGCCGAAGACCCCAGAGGAGGGGCGUACAACUAAUGCGACUUCUGUUGCGGAGCAAGACUCUGAUUCUGAAAGAGAGCUGGUGAUUGACCUCGGAGAUGAACAUGGAGCUCGUGAUACGAAGAGGUCAAGAAAAGACACGGGAGGCUCUUCUGCCAAAACACCCAAAGAGACCAAUGCUACUAAGCCGGAGGGCAAAUUAAGCAAUUCCAAUACAGCAGUUGCUCCAGCCGCUUCCACCCUGAAAGAUUCUUUGCAACCUGCUUUGACUGCUCUCAACCCAGUUUCCACUGCAGCAUCUGGUCAGCCCAUUGCUGCCUCCAGUUCCAGCGGCACUUCUAGCACUCCCUCCAUCUCAGUGGCGUCAACCUCGCCAGCUGUAAAGAAACAGCGACCCCUGUUGCCUAAAGAAACGGUCCAGGCUGUCCAGCGAGCAGUCGUUUGGAAUCCCACCAAAUUGCAGAAUUCCUCUCAGAAGGCCCAUGUACAAAAGCAGCAACAAGCAGAGCAGUCGACUGCACAGCCACAAGGCCAGGUGCAGACGCAAAGUCAGUCUCAGCCAAAUGCGUCAAGUACUCGUUACCAGACCAGACAAGCAGCCAAAGGUCAAGUGAAAGACUCUUCUCAGAGUAUGUCAGCAUCAAGUAGCUCAUCUUCUUACUUGUCAGGAGAUUUGCCAAUCCCGACUGCUUCGGCGGACGCAGCUGCAGAUAUAGCCAGAUAUACGACCAAAAUUAUGGACUCAAUAAAAGGAACGAUGACUGAACUCUACAAUGACCUUUCCAAAAGCACUUCAGGAAAUACAAUCGCAGAGAUUCGACGGUUGAGGAUAGAGAUUGAAAAGCUUCAGUGGUUGCAUCAACAGGAGUUGUCUGAGAUGAAGCAUAAUCUGGAACUGACAAUGGCAGAGAUGAGACAGAGUCUGGAGCAGGAGAGAGAAAGGCUGGUAGCGGAGGUAAAAAAACAGAUGGAGCUGGAAAAGCAGCAGGCUGUAGAUGAGACGAAAAAAAAACAGUGGUGCGCAAACUGCAGGAAGGAGGCCAUCUUCUAUUGUUGUUGGAAUACCAGUUACUGCGAUUACCCCUGUCAGCAAGCCCAUUGGCCAGAACACAUGAAGUCCUGCACGCAGUCAGCUUCAGCUUCACAACAGGAACCAGAGGCAGAGCCCAACCCGGACACUUCGGGCAAAUCAACAGGCAAUUCCCCAGUCACGCAAAUUCUGACUGCCCCGGCUGGAGCUGCAGCGCCCCCCUCCUCCUCAUCCAUAUCAGACAAAAGCAGCUCACCCACAUAUGUUGACAAGAGUAAGGACAACGCUGGGGUUACUGUAACAUAACUAUCACUUUACAUCAGGGCAUGGUCUGCAAGGCUGCUGUGGACCUUGCAGCGUCGCACUGCACCCUGCUCUGUGACCGUGUAAUUUUUGGUUUUCCAUUCCCAAAUAGUUGGAGGACAUUUUUUUUGUUGGUUUCUGUGUGCUUGGUGGAUUCAUCAUGUGAAAAUAGUCCAUUUUAACACAACAAAUGUGAGUCCAUUUUUUCCAUACUGUAGUUUUGUUAACGGUAUAUUACCACUUAAUUUCUUGUCUGAGCAAGAUUGUAACUGCAGAAUAUUUGUUACACUAACAUGUUUCAUUGCUGCUCUUAAAUGCUGUAUUUUUUUGUGUGUGUGUGUGAAUCCUCCCAUCAUCUGAGAUGUUGAAACAGCCAUGAAUAAUUGCUCCUCAAUUAUCAUGACGCCACCAGGAAUAAUCUGGGUUUUGCAUCAUUGCGCCUUUUUUCAAUUGUCCUUUCAUGUCAGUGGUCUUAAAAAACACAAACAAAACACAUUGUAUAGGCAUACGUAAAAAAAGAAAAAAAAAAGAUUUAUGAAAAGAUCUAAAACAUUUGUGUAAAAAGUUUUUUGUAAGAAGAUAAAUGAACAAUAUUUAUUGUUUUUAUAGUACGUUUUGAUGAAUCACAUUUUUGUCUAAAAAAUUAUUUUGACCAAAAAAUUACUCAUGAAUGUCAUUACUGGGUGGAGUCUGUCUUACUGUUUUUCCAAAGUUGAUGUAAAUUCCGGUCAGACUGUUUGAAAUUGUGUAUACUUGAAUAGAAAAAAAACAAAAACAAAAACGUUUUGGCUGAUUGUGAUUACACGAGCAUGUCUAAUUUGAGUUUUGUCUCUUUGUUUACAUAUUGUAAAUACAGUAAAUCGACUUGUGAAGAAAAUAAACGUUCUUGAUAUUUU